AUGUCAUCAAAUCAUGCUUUCAAUUUUGGCUCCCAUGCUAAAAGCACCGGUAGCAUUGAAAGUAGUAAAGUUUUCGAAAUCGAGCAAUGUAUGUACAAUUUAACGGAGGAUUUUACCCGCCAGACCACGCUGCGAGAUCCUGCCGAGCCUGUAUCAAACAACUCAGAAGUACGCGCAAUGGAAGAGUGUCUUCCGGACAAGCCGCACAUGAGCAUCGCACCCGAGGCACAUCUUGUUCAUCAGCUGGCAGAUAUUCUGCGUCGUCCGAUUCCAGACGAGAUGAUGAACAGCCUCUGCUUCAGUGAAACGCUGCUAGUUUGCGAUGGCAACGAAACCGUCGUCGGAGGAGCAGCUCUCAACGUGAGCUUGAUUGCAGAAGAAGUGUUGGCUGCAUUUUCGAGCACAAGACUUACAUUCCUUGGACACUCCACGGCCGAGAGUGAGUUGAUGUCAUUUGCCGAUAGAAACUGCCGUCCGCUGCAGGAGCGCAAAUGCGAAACGUUGAUUUCUGGCACAACAAGGCAGGAAAAACAAAUCCAGCUUUAUUUCGACGAAACCCACAACGUCACAGCUUAUCGGCAGGAAUGUAACGGAAUUCACACCGAAAGUUUUCAGGGAUUGUUGUCGGCGGAAACGUGCAAUGAAACUGACGACAAGCCCAGGCAAACAAUUGUACCCGACGGACUACAGCUGCUCCUGUUGCGAUACUUGAUGUUAAGCAAUUUCGUGGGACAAAUCUGUAGCCAAACAAUUGACGUUCUGGGCAGAGUAGGAAAUUGUGUGCAUACAAUUUCUGCCGUAACACCAAUGCCGCGGAAUCGCAACGUGAUGCACUGCGAGGAAAUUAAAGAAGUCAGGAAAACUAUCUGGUACUCAGAUGAUUCGGAGCCGGAAGAAAGCGUGUCGCAUUACUCCACCAGCGGUCGGUUGUUGAGGCAUGGUUGGAAUAAUUCUAGCUACAUCCUCAUUGCGAACCCGCUGGGAUCUGCACCACCUUCGGCCGUAAUAGAACUGGAACGCAGCAUGAGGGAUUACGUCCAUGCACUUGCGGGGUUGAUAAAGAAUCGUGCCUCUGUGAAGGGUUUGAUCGACGACAUUGAUUGCUCCGUCAAAGAGAUGGAUCGUAGCGCUAAGAUUGUAAAUCCAGUACUGAUCGAUAUAAUAAAUGAAAUAUGA